CGAGACUCUUAGGAGUUAACAGAGGUUGGUCUGGAUAGCGUGCGUGUCGGUUGAAGCACGCUGAUAUUAGUUUUCUGAAAAUUGAGUACCGUAAACCGACAAGAUAAUGCCGCGAUGGGGCAGAGAGACGUGUUCUACUACGAGACAUCGAUGAGAAUUGAGAAGGGCAUUCGAAGAGCCCCGCUGUGCCGCCUGGACGCGGAACCCGAUGGGGAUCAUGAAGCGCAGCGGCGCGGCAGUGGCGGUGACCUCGUCCUCCUCCCCUCUUCAAGGUGCCUUCUGGGUCGUGGUGUGAAGCGCAAGUUGAGUGACACUGAGGAGGCAUUGGGCAGCCUGCCCUACCUACAGCAGAGGCAGCUUGUACUUGACCUGUGCCUUAACAAGCUGAACAGCUGCCACACGCGUCCUGAGGUGAGCCUGCACCGCUCCGUGCUGCUGGCCAACACCCUUCGCCAUAUCCAGGAAGAAAUGCAGCAGGAAGGCAAAGGCUCCAUCUUGCUUGACCCACCUGCUAGUGGACCCACUCUACCACAGUCAUCUGAUGGGUCAUCCACCUGUACAGGAUACAGUGAGGGAGAAGUGCUCAGCUGCUCCCUGUCGCUAGAGGAGUCUUUUGGCUCCUUUGAGAUCACAAACUCUACCAGCUACCUGACAGACAUGCAGCUGGAUGACAUUUUUGAGGACAUCGACACCUCCAUGUAUGACUCGUGUGACUUCUCGGCACUACCAAUCCCUCUUACACGGGGUGGAAUCUCUCAGUCUUUGGUGCUGGAUGAUGGCCUCAAGAUGUUCUCCAGCUGCACCUCAUCCAGUGCUCUUCAGCUGUACUUCUCAGACCUCAGUGACUUGGAUCACAUCAUGGAGAUAUUGCAUAUAUUGAAGUGGACCUUGAGAUACACUAUAUUCACUCUACCUCUUACCAUUCUGCAAGGAGUGAUCUUCGCACUGACUGUUAACAGCUUGUUCCGUCUUCACAAAGACUAUUUCCAAUUUUUGCAGUUCAGUUGUCAUUUAUGUUUUACAGAAUAAAACUGGUGAUUGUACUUGUCUUGGGGUUGGUCUGUAAGCAGCUCUUGACUUUUCAGCCUUGAAAGAUUGUUAUAUGUAUAGCAGCUGCAUGGUUGUCCUUAGUACGUGUGAGAGAAGUUUGUGCAGCAUGCUGUGAACUGUGUCAAUUGCACACCAGCCCUCCAUGUCUGCUUUUGAAAAAGCCAAGGUAGGAAAACCUUGGACCUUAGUCUUUAAGGACUUCAUCACUUGGUUAAAGGUUUGAUUUACAUGUUAAGCACAAGGCAGAAAAGCUGGUAUCCAGUUAAUAAUGGCAGAAGGCAGAGCAUGGAGUCAUGAGUGCUUGUGGCAUUUAAAGUUUUAUGUCUUUGUUUUAGCUUUGUGCUCAUUUUAAUUCUUCAGUGUAGUAACAUGUUGGGAAAUGAGACAUUGAAGCCUGCCAAGCUGCAAUUUUCUACAGUACAUUUCUCAUUAAAUUUAGAGUUUAUUCAAACGCAUUCUGAAUUUCCCAUCCCCAGGGCUGACUGGUUAAUCUGCGCUCUAUGGCAGUGUCUACCAUGGGGGUGUCUGAUGUCUUUAUGGAAGUCUUACAGAAAGAGGUUUCUUUUGCAGGAGUUUCUGGCAUAGAAGACCAGCAAGGUGGGGGAGGGGGCAAAACUGGUCACGUGGUAGCCCUUGUAUGAUGGCUGCCCUGAGAGAGGAGGGAACAUUCAAAUCAAAUUCUGCCCC